AUGAGAGCACGUAUGGUAGGACCAGGAAGUUCUUCCUCAAACUAUAAAGCAACUGUUGAUCCAUGUAGAUUUAUGGGUUGUGGACCUUCUUCAUCUACAAGUUCUGGUUAUAGAAGACAAGGUUCUGAUGCAACUGGGCCUAUGGCAUCUAAAGGAACUUGGGCAGCUACUACAGAUAUUGGAGUUACUGCUGCUGCAGCUAAAUCAAGUGAGUCAGGCUACAGAGCUGGAUCAAAUGCAGCUGGACCUAUGGCAUCUAAAGGAACUUGGGAAGCAACAACAGACAUUGGAUUAACAGCUCCUGUUGGACCAGAUGCCUAUGAAGCAGGUUAUAGAGGUGCUGGAUCAAAUGCAGCUGGACCUAUGGCAUCUAAAGGAACUUGGGAAGCAACAACAGAUAUUGGAUUAACAGCCCCUGUUGGACCAGAUGCCUAUGAAGCAGGUUAUAGAGGAGUUAGUUCUGAUGCGGCUGGACCUAUGGCAUCUAAAGGAACUUGGGAAGCAACAACAGAUAUUGGAUUAACAGCUCCAUGUUCAGGAAAUGAACCAGUUCCAGACUCAUAUUCAGGUGCUGCUGUUUUAGAAGAACAAAGAAGACUUGAAGAAGAAGCUGCAGCCGCAGCAGCUGCUCAACAAUAA